AUGGAGGAAAAGUAUCAAGGAAAGGCAAGCCCCUCCUCGGACUCACCUCCGCCUGCUGCCUAUGAAGGCGACUCGAGACCAGCCAAGCGGUCCUUCAAGACUCGUAUGUGGGACAGCUUCCAGCGCGACCCAAAUGCCACAGUCACAAAGCCAGGCGCUGUCGGCGCAGAUGGCAAGGUCUUCGAUGUGGAGGGCGCGGCGGCAGCUACCGCAGCUUCACCUCUGUCGCGGAGGCUCAAGGGAAGACAUCUGCAAAUGAUUGCGAUUGGCGGUUCUAUUGGUACUGGCUUGUUUGUCGGCUCCGGAAGGGCUUUGGCUACUGGCGGCCCAGCUUCCCUCCUCAUCGCUUUUGGCUUGAUCGGUUGCAUGCUGUAUUGCACUGUUCAUGCUCUGGGUGAGCUAGCAGUCUUGUUCCCAGUUGCUGGCUCCUUCUCCGCAUACUCGACCCGCUUCCUCGAUCCAGCAUGGGGCUUUGCCAUGGGUUGGAAUUAUGCCAUGCAGUGGCUUAUAGUGCUUCCUUUGGAGAUCGUUGCAGCUUCCAUUACGUUAGAUUACUGGAACGAUGGCGUCAACAACGCGGUGUGGAUUACCAUAUUUCUACACCUGAUCGUCGCUAUCAACUUUUUCGGCGUUAAGGGUUACGGCGAAGCCGAGUUUGUUUUCUCAAUAGUCAAGGUGAUCGCAGUCACAGGUUAUAUCAUUCUUGGUAUCAUUCUUGUUUGUGGUGGAGGCCCGAAUGGUACCUACGUCGGAGGCGCAAAAUGGGCUGACCCCGGUGCCUUCAACAACGGAUUCAAAGGAUUGUGCAGUGUCUUCGUCACGGCCGCCUUCGCUUUCGCCGGUACCGAGCUUGUUGGUCUUGCCGCUGCAGAAACAGCGAAUCCUCGCAAGUCCCUACCGACUGCCAUCAAACAGGUGUUCUGGCGAAUCCUCCUCUUCUACAUCGUCUCACUUACCCUCGUUGGUUUACUGGUCAGAUACGACAACGAUCGGCUACUUAGUGGAAGUAGCUCUGCUGAUGCAAGGGCCUCUCCAUUUGUCAUCUCGAUCGAAGAGGCGGGAAUUUCAGGCUUGCCGUCAGUCAUGAACGUGGUGAUCAUGAUUGCUGUGCUUUCUGUUGGUAACUCAUCCGUUUACGGUUCCACACGGACAUUAGCCGCGUUAGCUGAGCAGAGACAAGCUCCUCGUUUCCUCGCCUAUAUUGAUCGGAAGGGGCGACCACUCUUCGCAAUCAUAAUUGCAUCGGCCAUUGGAUAUUUAUCGUACAUCGGAGCAUCUGACAGACAGGGAGAUGCCUUUACCUGGAUGUUGGCCCUUUCCGGUCUUUCCUCCAUCUUCACCUGGGGCUCCAUCUGCUUGGCCCAUGUCCGAUUCCGUCAGGCCUGGAAGCACCAAGGCCACAGUCUCGAUGAAUUAGCCUUCAGGUCGCAGCCGGGUUUCUGGGGUAGCGUGCUUGGAUUCGCGUUCAAUAUUCUCGUUCUUAUCGCUCAGUUCUGGACUGGGUUUGCCCCCAUUGGUUACAGCGACAUGACGUCUGCCGAAUUGGUGCAAAACUUUUUCCAGGCUUAUCUGGCUGCACCAAUUGUGCUUCUGUUUUAUCUUCCCUACAAGAUCUAUUACAAGACGCCGUUUCUUACGGUGGACAUGAUGGACUUGAAGACAGGUCGCCGUGAUUUGGAUCUGGGCCAUCUGUUGGCCGAGGAACGUGCAGAGAGAGCAUCGUGGCCAGUGUGGAAGAAAGCUUACAAGUUUUUCUGCUAG